GAGGUCCGUGUGGGGCUGUGCGCCGUGUGGAGGACCAUGAGGUCCGUGUGGGGCUGUGCGCCGUGUGGAGGACCAGUCAUGAUGCAUAUCGUGUCGGAUGCUCUCCAGCUCGUGCGUCCCUCUCUGCGCGUCUCGAGCUGUGAGCAUCGCCUGUGACUCAGGCGGCUCCUCAUUGGCUGCCGGGGCGCGGAGCAGGUCGCGCUCCUCGGUGCUGAAGCCGCUGCUCGUCGUGAUGUAAACGGCGAUGAGAGCAGCAGCAGCAGCCAGGAAACAGCAAGAUGGACGAUGAUCAGUUCCAGCUGAGACAGCUGCCUAUCAUACGGUUCCGUCGGACAGGUGAGAGCGCGCGCUCCGAGGACGAUGGAGAGGCCCGAGAACAGGUGGUCCGGAUGGGAGAGCCGACGGAACCGGAGGCGGUGGCUCUCACAGGCGGAGCUCCGGUUCCCCUGGAGUUUGCCAACCCCACUGAUGUGAACUCCUACUCACCUCCCCAGAGCAGCAUCAUCUCAGCCGAGACUGAACAUCAAUCAAACACAUUCAUGGUGGAAGACGCCGUGGAGGCCAUCGGCUUUGGGACGUUUCAGGUGAAACUUUCCAUCCUCACUGGUCUGUACUGGAUGGCCGAUGCCAUGGAGAUGAUGAUCCUCAGCAUCUUGGCCCCUCAGCUCCACUGUGAGUGGAGGCUGCCCGGCCUCCAGGUGGCGCUGCUGACGUCGGCCGUGUUCAUUGGGAUGAUGGUCAGCUCUUGUCUGUGGGGAAACAUCGCGGACAAAUACGGCAGAAAGACAGGCCUGAAGAUGAGCGUGCUGUGGACCAUGUUCUAUGGUGUGAUGAGUGCAUUUGCGCCCGUCUACGGAUGGAUCCUCGUCCUCCGCGCUCUGGUGGGCUUCGGCAUCGGAGGAGCCCCCCAGUCGGUGACCCUGUAUUCUGAGUUCCUGCCGAUGAAGUCCAGAGCGACGUGCAUCCUGCUGAUCGAGAUCUUUUGGGCACUAGGCACUGUGUUUGAGGUCCUGCUCGCCAUCCUGGUGAUGCCCACUCUAGGUUGGCGUUGGCUGCUCGGCCUUUCCACCAUUCCUCUCUUCAUCUUCUCCCUCCUGUGUUUCUGGCUCCCAGAGAGCGCUCGGUACGACGUGCUGAGCGGGAACCAGGACAACGCUCUGGCCACGCUGAGGCGCAUCGCCUCGGAGAACGGAGCCCCGAUGCCGCUGGGCCAGCUGGUUGCUGCCAGACAGGAGGAACGAGGGAAGAUUCAAGAUUUAUUCUCAUCACACUUCCGCUGGACCACCGUCCUGCUGUGGUUCAUUUGGUUUGCCAACGCCUUCUCGUACUACGGGCUGGUGCUGCUCACCACGCAGCUGUUCCAGGAGGGCGGCGCCUGUGGAAGGGCCAAAGGGAACCAGAUGGAGCUGCAAUGCAGCUUGGAGUGUAAAUACCUGAACUCUGACGACUACAAAGACCUGUUGUGGACGACCUUAUCGGAAUUCCCAGGACUGCUGGUGACACUGUGGGCUAUCGAUCGGUUGGGGAGGAGGAAGACCAUGGCGCUGUGUUUCUUCGUCUUCUCUAUGUGCAUCAUCCCGCUGUACGGCUGCGUUGGCAGGACCUCCAUGACGGUGUUGAUCUUCGUGGCCAGAGCGUUCAUCUCAGGCGGAUUCCAGGCAGCCUAUGUGUACACUCCAGAGGUGUACCCAACGGCCAGCAGGGCUCUGGGGCUGGGCAUGAGCAGCGGCAUGGCCAGAGUCGGUGCCCUCAUCACACCUUUUGUUGCCCAGGUGAUGCUGGAGUCCUCCGUCUCCCUGGCUCUCUCCGUGUACUGCUGCUGCUGCCUCCUGGCCGCCGUGGCCUCGUGUGCCCUGCCCAUCGAGACGACCGGCCGGGGCCUGCAGGAGGCCAGCCGCCGCCAGUGGGGCCAGGAGAUGGUGGGCCGGGGGGGAUCCCCGCCUCCAGCUCCGUUUCCCAGGGCUAAGGACACGUCGGCAGGAGAGCGGUGACCACUGUGAGGAAAGAGGCGAGGAGGGGCAAAACCAAAAGAUCGAUCCCAGCUUCGGCGUCCAUCUCCAGUCCGGUGACUCGUCAGUGUAGGCGGCACGAGCACCUCUCAUAUCAUCUUCAACCACCACGGCGGUCACAGCGGGGCCACAUGGGGAAACUGGAAAGACCAAGUGACCUUCACAGUGCAACAUUGAGCAAACACAGGGUGGACGACAUGUGAAACACUCCUGGACAAAUGAGGAUUCCAAUACUUGAAGCAAAGUAUUUGAAUCCUUCUUUUCUCAUGCAAAAGAAGCAACAGCGAAGACAGUAAGUGUUAGCGUCACGUCUUCUCUUCAACGAGCCUUCAAACUAUCCGCUUGGUGUUUGAGAGGCUGUGUCUGUUCCAGAGGGGACAGAAGGAAGUGAAGAAGAGUCUUGUUCACACAACUUGUCUCUUCCAAAAAUGUUGAAGACUCAGACAGACGAGCCACUGAGCUGUGGACAUAUGUUGUGUCAUCCUGGGUCAGGACUCACAUUUCAACAUGGCUGGGAAGAAGAAGCGAGGAUCAUUGUGGAGCAGCUUUAUUCACAAGAACCUCCAUCACAGCGACCAGAGCCGAGUGGCAACAUGCUGGACGUGAACGAUGAUGGGUUAGGGAAAUCUAAGCCGGCUCAAUUUAGUGUUAAAUCAUUUAAAAAUAAUUCCAUUGAUGUUUGAUCUCGUCUCUCGGACGUUGAGCUUGUGCACACACACCUCUCAGCAGGAGGCUCCAGUCGCUCUUUCUGUAAAAACUGUACCUGUGUCGUUGUGGUCGGUGCCUUGUUGUCACACAGGUGAUGUGGAGGCAGACUUUGCCCUGCAGGCGAGGACACGCUCAGCAAAGUUUGGUUUAGAAAUUUAAAAAGAGAGAUUCACCAGUUCAGGUCUGGCAAACCAACUCUUUAGCUGCCAGUGUUUGAUAUAUAUAUAUAUAUA